GUCGUCCUCACCGGCGCUAUUUACAAACGUUUGACUGUCGCGCCUCUUGGUCUUUUACUUUGUACGUUUAAAGGAAUCGUUUUAAUUUCCGUAUGGUUUGUACAGUUUCAGUGGUUUUAUCUAAGAAAUUGUCCAGUGAUUAGUUCGCUGCCAAUGAGGCGGCGCUAAAGUUUUGCUUCAUAACAUGUUAUUUAGUGAUGAACAUAACUCAGAACACUAGCCUGACUCCUAAUAUGUGAACUUGGCCUUCUUCCUUUGCUACAAAUGAUAAUUUGGCAUUUUUAGACUGUCUAGUGUUCUUCACUAGUCCCUGAAACUUCUACUGUUGUCAGCCGAAUCGAAAAACAUCUGUUGGAUUGUGUCAGAGGUCCCAUCUGCAUAUUACACAAAUAAAUGUUAAAUGGAUAAACUUUCAGAUUCACUUCAGCGUGAUAUCAACAAAUUACAAACCGAUUACCACAAAGCCAUUGAAAAAGAACUAGGUAACCUGGAUAUUGCUUAUCUCCGCAAAAUACAGGCAAAUUACUUUCAAUGUGGUUUAAAGUGCUGUGAAGAUCCUGACGCCUCUAUUACUGAAGUGCAGCAUUGCGUAGAAAGGUGCGAAGUUCCUUUAAGUAAAGCACAUGAAAUAAUGCAAUCCGAGGUCUCCUCGUUCCAGGCAAGAUUACAACUGUGUGCUUCUGAGUGCGCCAAUCAAGCGCGGGACAAAUUACCUUCAAAUGCAACUGAGUCACAGCUGAAGAAUGCUCAACGUGAAAUACUAGCAUGUUCUCAAAAAUGCGUGGACACUCAACUAUCAAUGGGGCUUCCAGCCCUUAUUACUCGAUUAAAAGAUCAAUUGCAAAAGUUGAAGCAAAAUCAAAUUCAUAUCGCAAAUUAGUUUGUGUAAUAUAAGUAAUAAAACUAAAACAUUUUUAGCAAAUGAAUUGUAUAGACC